AUGUUUAUACUCAACAUCUUAACACUUAUUAUCCCCAUUCUUCUAGCCGUAGCUUUUCUUACACUAGUUGAACGAAAAAUCCUAGGCUACAUACAACUCCGAAAAGGCCCAAAUAUUGUAGGACCAUAUGGCUUACUCCAACCCAUCGCCGAUGCAAUCAAACUUUUCAUUAAAGAACCCCUACGACCUGCCACAUCCUCAAUCUCAAUAUUUAUUCUAGCCCCCAUCCUAGCCCUAACCCUAGCCUUAACUAUAUGAAUCCCCCUACCCAUACCCUAUCCCCUCAUCAAUAUAAACUUAGGAAUCCUUUUCAUACUAGCUAUAUCAAGCUUAGCCGUAUACUCAAUCCUCUGAUCAGGCUGAGCCUCCAACUCAAAAUACGCUCUUAUCGGAGCUCUACGAGCAGUAGCACAAACAAUUUCAUAUGAAGUUACACUAGCAAUUAUCUUACUAUCAAUCUUACUAAUAAAUGGAUCCUUCACUCUCUCUACAUUAAUUAUUACACAAGAACAAGUAUGACUAAUCUUCCCAGCAUGACCCUUAGCAAUAAUAUGAUUCAUUUCAACACUAGCAGAAACAAACCGAGCACCAUUCGAUCUUACUGAAGGAGAAUCUGAACUAGUAUCGGGCUUUAAUGUAGAAUACGCCGCAGGACCAUUCGCCCUAUUCUUUAUAGCAGAAUAUGCAAACAUUAUUAUAAUAAAUAUCUUCACAACAACCCUCUUCCUAGGAGCAUCCCAUAGCCCAUACAUACCAGAACUCUACGCAAUUAACUUUAUUAUCAAAUCACUACUACUCACAAUGACCUUCCUAUGAAUCCGAGCAUCCUACCCCCGAUUCCGCUAUGAUCAACUAAUACACUUAUCAUGAAAAAAUUUUCUACCCCUAACGCUAGCCCUAUGCAUAUGACAUGUAUCUCUACCUAUUCUCCUAUCAAGUAUCCCCCCACAAACAUA